GCGCAUGCGCGGGAUGUCCGUCACUCGGCGGAACGGGCGUAAUCUACAGCGCGUGCGGGGUGGGAAUUGCUACCGAAGUGUGAGCACUUUUAUAUAAUGUUUUGCUGAGCUGAGCUGAGUCGUAAAACAAGUUCCUGAACCCGAGACGCAAAGGAGCAACAGCUAGGAUGCUGCGUGUCUGUUGGAAAGGUGCACGGAAAUGCCUGUGUGAAAACGUGGCGGUCCACCCCCGGCAGCACUGCCGUCGCUACACCUCAGCUGGGAGCUCUGGGUCUGCCGCGGGUAAGAUUGCGGCUGCCGGUCUUCUGACGGUCGGCGGAGGCGUAGGUGGUACAAUCCUGUACGCCAAGUGGGACCCCAAAUUCAGAACGAAUAUUGAAAAGAGUGUGCCCUAUUCUGAUAAGGUGUUUGAGCUGAUGCUUGGUCCCCCUCCACCGCCGCUUGUCCCUUUCCCAAAGAGACCAGUAAAGGUUGAAGCGCUGCAGAUAUCGUCGGUGUCUGAAGCUUCAAAAGACUCGAAACAGCCAAAAGCAAAAGGCAAAGCUAAAGAAAAACCACUCGAGUCAGGACCCGCGGAACCCAUCCCUGAGAGUCCAACGCAGUCAUCACAGACCCUGGAGGAGGCCUCGGUUGAGGCGGCCCAUAUCAUUUCAGCCAUCGGCGAUGUGCAGUCUGUUCCUGCACCGGGCACCAGCCACGAUCCGGCCGCUGUUCCCCCUGCAUCGACCCCCUCUCCGACCAAGCCUGGGUCAGCUGAAGAAUGUCACGAGUGUGCUCACCAUGAACACACACUGAAAGAACGGCCUGUGGAAGAAGUGGCUGCCCGCUUGGCUCAGCAGGACCAGGCUGAACGGGACACUCUGGCCGCUUUAUCAGUUGGGCUGGAGGAGGCUCUGGGAGCUUCUGCCAAGCUUACACUACACGCCAUCGGAGCGCAGGAGGCAGCGCUCCUCGCCAUCAGCACGCACACGCAGAGAGUCCGAGAGGCCAUGGACUCGGAGGAUUCUCCAGAUAAGAAGUCGGCUCAGUGGAGAGAUCUGGAGGAUGCACUCAGUCAGCGCUCCCACGCCAUGGACCAGGCUGGAGAGGCUCUUCUCCAAGCCAAAGAACAGCUCGAGAAGCUCAGAGGCGUGAUCAACAAUGCUAAGGAAACGAAGAUCGAUGCUGCCAGGCCCCAAAUUCUGGCUGCAGAGGAAAAUCUACACAGUAUGAUUGUUGAUCUGCAGAAAGUUGUAACCAAAGUGCAGUCGGCUCAGUCCGAGGCAAAGAUCGUGUCUCAGUACAGUGAGCUGGUGAAGGAGGCCAAGGCGCAGUUCCAGAGAGAGCUCGGCAACAUCACGCCUGAAGUCCAGGCCAACUGGAAGGGUCUCACAGGCAAGCUGAGUGCGGAUGAUCUGAAUUCCCUGAUUGCCCACGCUCACCGGCGUAUCGACCAACUGAACCGUGAGCUGGCCGAGCAGCGAGUGCGUGAGCAGCUCCACAUCGAAUCGGCACUGGAGCAGCAGAAGCAUGAGCACCAGAAAUCUGUGGCGCAGGCGGUGGCCACCGCACUGGAACACCACCGUGAGAAGAUUAGACUCGAGCAAGAGAAGAAAGUGCAGGAAGUGCGGGAGGUGAUGGAGGCAGAGAUGAGGACUCAGCUGCGCAGGCAGGCAGCCGCACACACGGACCACCUGCGCGAUGUGCUUAAAGUGCAGGAACAGGAGCUGCGGGAGGAGGCCCAUGACACUCUGAGCAGUAAGCUGAUGGAGCAGGAGAUGCUCUACCGCCGUUUGGCCCAGGAGCAGCUAGACUCCUUCACUCUGGACAUGAACUCUGCCUACGCCAGGCUCAAGGGCAUAGAGGAAGCCAUUGACAGUCACGUAAUCGCCGAGGAGGAAGCGCGCAAAGCUCACCAGCUGUGGUUAUCUGUUGAGGCUCUAAGCUACGCAAUGAUGACUGCUGUGGCAGAUUCGCCCUCCGAGCCUCUAGAGGGCGCUGUGCUCGCCAUCAAAGAAAGCUGCGCACAGGACGAGUUCGCCCAGGCCUUGGCUUCAGCCCUGCCCGAGGAGUCGCUAAAGCGCGGCGUCUACAGCGAGGCCUCGCUGCGUGCCCGCUUUUACGAAAUCCGUCGGCUAGUCCGACGCGUGGCGCUAAUCGACGAGACGCGCAACAGCCUGUACCAGUACUUCCUGUCCUACUUGCAAUCCAUCCUGCUGUUUGAGAAGGAACAAGAGGUGCCACCCAGCAAGCUGGCACCAGAAAACCUCGACCCUUUCAAGCUGCUCGCCUACGCCACCUACAGCGUGGAGCGUGGUGACCUCGAGCUAGCCGCUAAGUUUGUUAACCAGCUGCACGGCGAGGCACGACGCGUGGCUCGGGACUGGCUCAGAGAAGCCCGGCUCACUCUGGAGACCAAACAGGUGGUCAGUUUGCUCUCGGCUUACGCCAACGCUGUAGGCUUAGGCACUACACAGGCUCCGUAAGUCGCACACGGGGGGGGGUGGAAAAUGUUAAUAACUCACAAAAUGUUAAUAACAAAAAUAAUAAUAAUAAUAAAUGAGGACUCCUGCCCAUCUGCUGCUAACAGCAACCUGCCCUCAUCAGAUGAAUUAAUUUAUACACCAGCCCAGGUUGGGUUUGUGGUGUUGUUUUUUUUUGUUUUUUGUUUUUUUAUCAUUUAAAAGCACUUUUGCAAGAAAGCUUUCGUCCUGAAAUAACGGCCUGUUACUCACCGUCUGUAUUCAUAAUCUCUUAAGGGCGCUGCACAGCACCCUGAACCUUUUAGAUUUUGAGUGUGCGUAGCAGACAGAUGGGCCGUCGGGUCAGUACCACUGUCUGAACCUAGUUUUCACCAGUUUUCAGUGCUUCGGGUUCAGUAUCCGGAUUGGUUAUUAAGUCAGGCUUUUGGAAAUGGUCAAAUCCGUCUUUUUUUUUUUUUUUUGUCCUGCUAUGGUUGUGUUUCUGCCCUUCAAUACUGGAUGUUAAUAAAUCACAUGACGUUGA